AUUCAUCUGUUGUAUUGAAUUUGCAUAUUGCUUGGAUGCAAUUGCUUUUUGUAAUCUCUUUGCUUGAUUCAUUUGUUGCAUUGCCCUUCCUCUAAAUUGUAAUGAUAAUGCAGAACCAUAUGUAUGGUUGUACCCCUUAGAUAAUGGUCAUAUUUUUCUUAGUGGGUUGCCAUAACUCAGCAAUCUACGGUGUUUCUCUGUCUUUUAAGUUUCAAUAUGAUUCUCUCACUUGAUUUUUUGGUUUUACCAGUUUAAUGCAGGUUGAAGAGGGUUACAUGGCCAAUCCCAUUUUUUUUCUUUUUAUAAUUUAUUUAUUUUUGUUUGUUUGUUGUAUGGAUUUCUGAAGUAUAUGUUGAUUUUGCAGGGGUUGAAAGUUUGCAGUUCAGGAGAGUUUGAUUAUACUGUUCGAAAAUGAAUGAUAUUUUCUAUUUUCAGGUUUUUUAAAAUGUUAACGGGUUUCUGAUUAUCUGUAUCCUUGUGAUGUAGGUAUUUCUUUCCUUGCUUGCAAUGGAGAACAUGAUUUUUAUACCUCAUAGUGCUGAUGAACCGAAUAUGCUUCUGCAUGUGGUUUUUCAGCAUCCCAGAUGUUAAGGGGAAAUGCCUCUGAGAAUACAGCCAUAGUUCAGGGAAGAAAUCCUGAGUAUCUUCUACUAGUAAAAUCUAGACAGAUAGCAGUAUUCUGUUGGGCAAUGAGCCUGUUGCCUCUUGUUAUUGGAUUCCCUGUCAAGGCAUCAAUCAAAUUUGUCACUCAGAGCUUUUUCCUUUUGGCUCAGCCAUACGGGGGAGAAAGGAUUACUUUCAAAUGUAGAGGCAUGUGAAGUUGGCUAGUUCUUGCUACUGAGUUGUACUUGAAACUUCAUAGAUUUGCUAUGUUUUGUAUCGUUGUUGGUGAUGUCCAAUCUUGUUCUGAUCCCUUGCUGUGGCAACCCUUGUGUACUAGCUGUAGAUGUUCUUGUGUUUUGAAGCGUCUUCCUCUAGAAUCUCAAAUGUGAGGAUUCCCUUAUCUGCUGUUACUGUAAUAGUUACGGCACAAUGGGUUGGUGAGGCCAUCUACAUGCAUCUCUUGGAUAGUCAUAUUUGGAACAACAGUAGUCUGUAAAACAGACUGAUCUAGAAGAUUUUAUUUAUGUGCAUGAUUCAUUAUCAUUUCACUCCAAGUGUACAAGGGGGGUUUUUCUGUUGUAUUUGUAUCAUUGUGGAUGUGUUUGCCUCGUGUAUGAUUUAUAUCUAGAGUUUCUUUGUUGUAUCAAUCAUUUUUGUGACAGCUUGUGAAUAAAAAUUCGUAUGUAAGUGACCUCUUGAAGGCGUUAGACUUUACAAGGCAAAGGGAAUAUAGAAGAAUGAAUGAG